CCCGCCCCCCCGCCCCCAGGUGCGGCUCAUUAAAAAGGUGUGAAAGCGGAACAAUGGCGUCUGUCCGUCUGAAGCGAAUGCGCCAAACUCAAACUGCAAAAAAAUGUCAACCAGUGGAGUGGAAACGGCAGCUCAGAGCCCGCUGCUCUCCUCCAGCUUGUGUUUCAGCCCGUGGUCGUGUGUUUGUGUGAAGGGCUGGUCGGCGGCUGUGUGGAACGGCCUCCCCGACCCACUGCUGGCUGUCACCUCUGGAUGCUCCACACCGGAGCCGUGGCUCCUCCCUGGCUGCAGCUCUGUCUACGACAGCCUGGUCAGUAAUGUCUCUCCGAUCCCGUCUCCUCCUCCUGCCAGUGGCCUGCGAGGAAGAGAGCGAGCUGCCAGCAACAAACCUCGCAGGUCGUCCAUCCUCGAGCGCUGCAUCCUCAAAGUGUCAACCAGCAGUGUGGCUGUGGGGACAGACGACUUGGAUAAUAAGAGACCCCCCCUCGGUCGCUGCUACCCCCGCCUCCCUGACCCAGCAAACACAGAGACCAACGCUGCCGUUCUGAAGCGGCGGCAGAAACAGAUCCAAUAUGGCAAAAACACCAGCGGAUACCAGAACUACCUGCAGCAAAUCCCCAGACACCUGCGGGAUCCUAAGCUCCACCCGUCCACUCCCAACAAGUACAGGAAGUACAGUCGGCGCUCCUGGGACAUGCAGGUGCGUCUAUGGAGGCGAGCGUUGCACCUGUGGGACCCUCCGACGGACACCCAGCCAGACACCGCUGACACACAGGACCCAGUGGAGCAACUGCAGAGCCAACUGGCAAAGAUGACCUCUGACCUUUGUGGGGAUGGAGGAGACAAGCAGAGAGAGAAGGAGACUCCAGCAGCCUCCAAAGCCUCCUCUAUGUCUCCUCUGUCAGAUGUGACGUCACUGGAGCUGCCUGGACCUUGGAACAGUCCACCCUCACCUGAGCUGGAGGGAAGCCACCUGCCUCUUCGUCCUCCACCCGGCCUGAGCCACUCCUUCAGGAGUCAGCUGACCACCAACGACAACAUGACUGACUGGCUCCGCCUCCUGCUGGAGGCCGACGAAGCCCGAGAAUUCGGAUCUGACGACCAGCAGGUUCCUGUUUUUUCUGACCAGCUCUUGUGGAAUCCGUACUGAUCAUCACCGAGCCUGCACCUGUCCGACUUGCACAACUCCUCGUUCAACAUAAUCUUGGAAACUUGACCUUAUUGUCUGGACCUUGAUUAGUUGAUCCUGAAUGUGUCGGAGUAACAUUUCUGUGUGUGGUUUCCAGUAUCCAGUCCAUUUUGUCUUUUUAAGAUAACGACAGUAGGGAUGUGAUUUGUCUUUGAUCAGAGUUACAUCCACCCCUCCAGGAUCUCUUCUGGGAGGAGUGCUGAGAGGAAGCACCCUCCUCUCCUUCAGCCAUGGAAAUGUCUGUGUUUUCCCGGCUGCUCUUGAACGCAUCACAGGUCUGACAGCUGAACACUUUGACCUGAGCAUGGUACCAUAGAUUGCACUUUUAUAUAUUUAUGUUAAACGUCAUCCAGUGGAGCACUUCUUCUCACCUGCAUCAUGUUUUAUUUUGAACCUGCACUGAAGGAAAAGCUGCUAUUUUUUUAUUUUAUUUUUUUUGUACUUGAAGUCACUUAUUCUGUCUGUUCAUUUCAUUUUGUUUGUCACCUUAUUGCCUCUCUGGAGGCUGUUGUUGUCAUCUUUGUUCCACCAUCACCUCCAUGCUCUGCUGUCUGGAUCAGGCUCCAGCUCCUCCUCUCUCUACCUCCAUGUUUUUUCUCAAAAACAAAAUCCUGAUUAAUGGAGGAGAAAAGGCUGUCGCUUUGUGUUGUGAGAUUUCUUUUUACUUUUUGUGUUUCUCAAUUUGUCAUUUUGUGCUGCUUGAAAUUCAAGAGCAAUGCUGAAAGAUGUGAUUAAUAAAGAUGUAAAUAAAGUGUUAUAAAUUCAGA